CCAGAUGUAUUACCAUGGCAACGGGCGAUUGAAAACAAACAAAAACGCAAUGCCACACUCAAAAUGCCGAUCCUCGAUCUUUUUUCCAUUCCCGUUGAGUUGAAAAUAAAAACGCGUCUAUUUGCCAUCAGCACUUCAGUUGUUUAUUUAUUGAUGACUGUUGCCAUUGUUUUACCGGUGAUCAUUGCUUAUAAUGCUGGAGGGUUUUGGUUGAAGAAUCGAAUGUACUUGGAGACUCCCAGGAUUCGAUUUACGUAUAAGUAUCUCUUGUUGGCGGAGAGGGAUCUUUAUGCGGCACCGAUUGUCUGCUCGACCUUCUCGACUUACCAGGGGAUUUCGAUUAAAGACGACUGCAUUACUGUCAAGGUGCGGGAAGGCGACGUUAAUAAAGACCUGAUAAGGGAUGUUUUGAAAUUUGAAACUAAAUUCUGGAGUGAUCAGGCAAUAAGGUCUGUUAAGCUGUUGUUGUGGUUUGAAUUUCAACUGAAGGAUAUAAUUCAGCAUAAAGCUGAGACUCUCGUAGCGUUCGACGCGACAUUACCUCAGGACUGUCAACAGCUAUCAAUAGUAGGAAACUUAAAACUUAAUCAAAAAGGAGUGAUUCGCAGAGAUAAUUUCCCCGAAAUUCCGAAUAACAAAACUGUUGAGCUAACGGAGUAUUCCUUGGACGAAGUGUUAUCCCACUACGCGAAAAAAACAUUUUCAGCGGAAUUGAUGAAUAUAAAAAUGAUGCGACAGACGGGUUUCGCCGACGAUAUGCCGAUCACGAUAUCGGCGGAGAUUUUUUAUCGCGAGCAACUGUUGUAUUAUCAGCCCGCCAUAUGGGAGGAGAUCAAAUGGGCUUGGAUUCAAUAUUUAUCCAUUUUAUUUGUGACACUGUACUUUAUCAAACGUAUUUUGAGGAGUCUGUUCCUUCGAGGUCGUCUGAGAAGCUAUAUAAUCACUCCCUGGAAGAAGGAAAUAUAGAGUACUCACGUGAUUGAACAAUUUUCAUUUUUUAUUAAUAAAACAGUUUUCAUUAUUCUGAGUGAA